AUGGAGAAUGGUUAUCCGUUACCGAUAUACAGUCUACAGGGGUUAGGUCUAUCUCUUUCGCCUCCUCUGCUACUGCGAUCACCGCGAUCUCUGUCUCCGGCCGGUAUCGCCAAUGACAAAGAGGUGUAUGUGGAUUGGAACAGUCGUAAAACCAGUGUCUAUCAUCAUUUUUGGCUCAGAGACCAUUGUCAUUGUGAGCAAUGCUAUCACCCGGUGACUCGACAACGACUGGUCAACACGUUUGCUAUUCCUCGUUCUAUUCAUCCAACGGCCGUGGACAGCACAGCAGAAGGCCUCGUGAUUACCUGGCCGGAUGGACAUCAGUCAAAGUAUGCCUGGGACUGGUUAUACACUCAUUCUUACAGCCCUGUGAUGCGGACCCUCUCUGAGCAGUCUCUCGCUGGGAAAAGGCGUCGAACGUGGGGUUCAGAUCUCCGACUCGACCGUCUGGCGUAUGACGAUGUAAUGAACACAGACGACGGACUGAGACAAUGGCUGGAUCAGCUCGAGGUCUAUGGGAUAUCGUUUGUGGAGAACGUGCCGACGACGGUAGAAGCGACAGAAAAGUUGGCGCGUCGCUUGUGCUUUUUGAGAGAAACGCAUUAUUCACAAGGCAUGUGGUCCUUCACAGCCGAUUUAGCGCAUGCCGAUACAGCUUAUACACAAUUAGCGCUGGGCGCGCACACCGACAAUACGUAUUUUACCGAGCCGGCUGGGUUGCAAAUGUUCCAUAAAUUAGAAUGCGAGGGGCAAGGCGGCGAUUCGUUGUUUGUGGAUGGAUUGGCAGUAGCACAACAGCUCAAGGCGACCUCACCCAACGCUUAUCGUGUCUUGUCCAAUACGCCCGUGCCGACACAUGCGGCGGGCGAUGAUCAGGUAUGGAUCGUACCGACCCCGAGAGCUUAUCCGAUCCUCAACCAUGGGCCAGACGGCGAGCUGUAUCAAAUUCGCUUCAAUAACGACGAUCGAUCCACGUUGGAUCACCUCAGCUCGAGUCAAUUGGAGGAGUUUUACGACGCCUUGUUUAUGUGGCAUGAUCUGGUCCAGUCGGCCAAGAACGAGUUGUGGGAUCCUCUACCGCCUGGCCGUGUUGUGACUUUUGAUAAUUGGCGUGUGUUGCAUGGUCGCAGUGCUUUUACCGGACAUCGAAAGAUGUGUGGUGCGUAUUUUCCGUGGGAUGAUUAUAAGAGCAGGGCAAGAACCGUGCGCAUGACACCCGAGGAUAAAGAUCGUCUUUUAUAG